CUCAUAUGUCAGAUGACGUCACAACAUGGCCGCCGCAGUGUUGUGAUUCUCCGCUUUUGAGAGAGAUGCGUGCUGUGUCUUUAGACUAAUAGAUGGUUUUAUCAAUCAGAUAUCGCAGUAGGUUAGAAACUAGUAAAUAUUUCUUACUUGAUGACGUCCAAAGUUGCUGAAACGAUUGUAGAACUUGAAGAAUGUGAUACGGAUGGCGUUGCUUUAUGCUCGUCUAGUACCAGUGCUGGAAAUCGAAGUUAUUCUAUAAAUUCCGAAGGGUCUGAAGAUUCGGCAACAGCCCCAUUGUUGCCAGACGUUACAUUUAGUGUUCCAUCGUUAGGAUCUCAAAUGGCUGCUGGUACCAGCAGAGAAAAUCAACCUUUACUAGGUGGAUCGUUUAGAGAAGAAAGAGAUGAAGUUAACACAUGGCAAGAUGAUCCCCAGUUCACGGACCUGGUGCGGCAAGCUGAAGUGGCAAUUGAUAAUGGUAUCUUGCCAGAAAGAAUAUCACAAGGCUCCAGCGGUAGUUAUUUUGUAAAAAACAAUCAUGGUACCAUCAUAGGAGUAUUUAAGCCCAAGGAUGAAGAGCCUUAUGGUCGCCUCAACCCCAAGUGGACUAAGUACCUGCACAAGAUUUGCUGUCCGUGCUGCUUUGGCCGAUCAUGUCUUGUCCCAAACCAGGGAUACUUGUCAGAAGCAGGAGCUUCUUUAGUAGAUGCCAAAUUGCAUCUCAAUGUAGUGCCUAAAACUAAAGUAGUAAAACUAUCUAGUGAAACCUUUAAUUAUACAAGAUUCGACCGCGAGAAAUCUCGUGCGAAGAAGAUAGUUUCAGAAAGAUUUCCAAAUGUUGGUCGUCACUUCCACAGAAUUGGAUUACCUAGGAAAGUUGGAUCACUACAGACAUUUGUUGAGGGCUAUAAGGAUGCAGAUUUUUACUUACGUCGGUUUGAAUCUGAACCUCUGCCUGCUGAGUUGGCUAGUCAGUUCCAAAGGAGGUUCGAGAGACUCGUCCUGCUGGAUUACAUCAUCAGAAACACUGAUCGAGGCAACGACAACUGGCUCAUCAAAUAUGAGAAACCUGACCUCGUUGAGAGCCUCGAUACCAACGAUAUAACCGAUUGGGGCCUCGUGAACCGCGGCAGCAUCGACGUGGCGGCUAUCGACAACGGCCUGGCGUUUCCGUUCAAGCACCCGGACUCGUGGCGCGCCUACCCCUAUCACUGGGCCUGGCUACCGUGGGCCAAACAGCCCUUCUCUAGUGAGACCAAAGAACUCGUCCUGCCCCUGCUGUCCGACAUGAACUUCGUGCAGGAGCUCUGUGAUGACCUUUUUAACUUAUUCAAGACAGACAAAGGCUUCGAUCGUCAUGUCUGUGAGCGCCAGAUGUCGGUGGUGCGCGGUCAAAUCCUCAACUUGACUCAAGCCUUGCGAGACAACAAGAGCCCCGUGCAGCUCGUCCAAAUGCCGGCCGUCAUAGUUGAGAGAUCAAAAGGUCGUGUGGGGACAACUGCUAGAUUCAGGUCGUUUAGUGACACCUUCACGCAGUCAUUCCAGGAGAAGAGUCCUUUCUUCUCGUGGUGCUGAGCCACAGGGGCACUGAUGUGUAUGCCAGUAGCCUUGACUGCAGUCACUCGUUUCUAAGUGGAAUUAGGAACAACAUUUCUCAUUGUAGUUUGGCAUUUCGAGUUCUAUUACCAUAUUUGAAUUUAGGGAUUCAGAUUAUUGCAAUGAUUUUUUUUUUCAAACGGGGAGUUCUGUGUUUCUGAAAAAGUUUUUUUCUCCUUCUCUUAGCCAUGAUUUGUUUUGCUAAAUUGCUCCUAAACGGCAUUCAUUUGCUUCAGCAAUAGACUCGUACUGUUUGAGGCUUAUUUUUCUACCUAAGUUAUGUCAUGGGUAGCUAGCUAUGUAGCCACUCAAGUUUAGCCAUCGACUGUUGUAAGUUGUAACCAAAUUGAAAUUCAAGAAUAGUUUACUGUGUGACUAAGAACAGCAAGGAUUCCAUCAUCCUACUGCAAUUCGACGGGAUCGACAGUUAUUUCAUUGAAGCAGAGAGUAAUUUUUUCUAUUGUUUCCCAUAUUUUGCUUUCUCAUAUAUUUGCAUUAUGUGGAAAAAUAACCAUGUGAAGUUGAUUUAUGUCAAUAAAUCGUAAUUCUUCAAUUUAUUCAUUUUAGCUCAUUAUGUUAAAUUAUCGGCUUUGAUACUGUCUUGUGACGAAACCGUUGUUUGAUAUUUUACCGCGCUUCUCUAAGUCAUGUAGAUAUUAAUUAGUUUAAACUGAAUUGAAUUUGACUGCAGCUUUUUCCUUAGUUCAGAAUGAAAUAUUUAUAAUGUUUGCUUUAGGAACGUCACAGAGGAGAUAUACGCGUUUAAAUUAUAUAUUUUCAUACAAUAACACGAAGCCCUCGUAGAAUUAGGUGACAACAUUCCGCUAAUGAAGUUUGCCUUGUUGGCUAGGCAUAAUCAAAUGCAUUCGUUAUUACUCGUUCUCUAUUUUACAGUAGAUGCUUAGUUUUUUGGCUGGUACGACGAAGAGAGAAUAUUGCACUCAACGAGCCGAAACCUGUAGAGUUCUGUGAAUUUCGGUUGAUAUUAAUAUUUAUGUUCGCUUCUCAAUUGUAUCGCUACUUUAGAUUUUGCACUUCUUUCAAUAUUUGCUUACUGGUUCGUCAUAAAUUGCCGUUUUCUUUCGAGAACUUCUAUUUGUGAAUUUCACUGCGUAUUCGAUAAAGAGGUGAUCUAAACAGAAACUUUUCUCCCUUUCAUUUCGCGCAUCGUCCCAUUUCAUCACCAAUUUUGGCGCUCCUUCUGAUAAGGCUUGGCGAUUUUCCUGACUGAAACUGAACUCGCAAUACCAUACGGUUACUAUUUAUCUUCAAAACUUGUCUUAAUCUGCAAUGGUGAAUCUACUUCUGUAUUCGUAAUUGUUGAGCUGUAUUCGUUAGUAGUUUUAGUUUAACCCAUAUUUUUGUGAUAAAAAUGUCAAGAUCUUUUCUAUGUAAGGCGAGUCGUUAUUUGUUGAGUGAAAAUAUUGUCCAUGUUUUAGAAAGUCGUGUAAUCGCUUGACAGUUGAAAAUAAGCAAUUUGAAUAAUUUUUAGAUCAUUGGAUUGAUAUCCUCUUUACAAUCUCUAGGUAACGAGAUAGCGUCAAUAACAAACGUUCACCGUGUCUGAAAUAGAAUUUGCCAACGACAGUACAAUCGAGUUUCGCUACUUGAUAUGAUGUCCUGCAUUUUUACUGUAUUAGUUCCAAUAAGGCAUGUUUCACUGCCGUCAAAGAAGGACGUUAUCGACUCAGCUUAGUUCACAAAGUUAUCAGUUGAUUUUUCCUAUUCCUACAUUUCAACUGAUACGUCAGAGAUCCGAGAACACUUCAAAACCUUAAUUCCGAGAAUAUUUUAAACCUUGUGCUUUUUUGCAAAGAGUAAUUGAAGGUGAGUUCACAGUUUUCGGUAACAAAAGCGACAUCAAUAGCAACUUUGACAUUGUUACUACAUGGUUUUGAGCUGUGACGAAAAAUUGUACUAGCUCCGCUGACUUUCCCGAUGCAAGUAAAAUGUAUUCGUGCGAG